GCAUACAAACAAGGUUUUUUUUUAAGCACAUGAAAAAAAAAGAUCUACCCCUCCCACUAAAGAGACUCACGUAAUCAGUCUUGAAAACAAUGUGCAAGGGUAAACUUUCACAGUCAAGCCAUCCUGCUAAUGCCCUUAGCUGCUCAGAGGAUCUAAGAAGCCACGGAUAUGUCUACUGAGCUUCCUGCAAAAACAGCGGUUGCAGAAAUGGACACUUCCACCACUUCUCAGACCCACAAUUCUACCUGUGACUUAUACGAACACAAAGAUACAGCCAGGAUACUCCUGUCCGUCUUCUACAGCCUCAUCUUGAUUUUCGGAGUGCUUGGAAACACAAUCGCCCUCACGGUCAUUUUCAAAAACAGAAAGAAGAUCAAUUCUACUACUCUCUACUCAACAAACCUCGUCUUGUCAGACCUGCUGUUUUGUAUCGCCUUGCCCACGAGGAUAGCCUACUACGCCCUGGGUUUCCACUGGCCUUUUGGAGAAGCUUUAUGUCGAAUAACUGCUCUCUUGUUUUACAUCAACACUUACGCAGGUGUAAACUUCAUGACGUUUCUGAGCAUCGACAGGUUUUUUGCUGUCGUCCACCCCUUCCGAUACAAGAUCAGAAGGAUUAAAUAUGCCAAGGGUAUUUGUGUGUUUAUCUGGUUUCUUGUAUUCAGCCAGACUUUCCCGUUACUUAUACAAUCCAUGACACAUACAGAAAAUGGAAAGACUACAUGCAUGGAAUACCCAAACUUUGAAAAAAUAACCCAUCUACCAUUUAUACUUCUCGCUGCCUGUUUAGUAGGGUACCUUAUUCCCCUUGGAAUUAUACUCUUUUGUUACUCUCAAAUUAGCUGCAAGCUUUUUCAAACAGCCAAGGAAAAUCCACUGACUGAAAAAUCAGGGAUAAACAAAAAAGCCAUCAACACCAUCGUAUUUGUAAUUAUAGUGUUCGUCAUCUGCUUUACCCCUUACCACGUUGCAAUCAUACAGCACAUGAUUAAGAAGCUUCAGCACGAUCCCGACUGCAGUGAAAAGCAAAUUUUCCAGAAGUCGCUCCAUUAUACUGUGUUUCUGAUGAAUUUUAACUGCUGCCUAGACCCGUUCAUCUAUUUCUUUGCCUGCAAAGGAUACAAAAGAACUGUACUGAAAAUACUGAGGCGACAAGUGAGCGUAUCGAUUUCGAGCGCCGUCAGGUCCCACCACGAAGAAAGCUCACGAGAUGUGGGAGAAACACAAAUGAUGGUACUUGCAAAAUCCGCCAAUGGGAAGUUACCUGAAAAAUAAAGUCUGGAGUGCACUGUGGUGAAGCAGGCUUACAAACCCUGGGUUCACAUCAAAAUCUCUGUGUUCCCUGUACAGCAGCUUAAGGAAUACUCCGUUUCUCAGACCGUCAGGAAAUCAAGGAAUGGUGUUAGACUGAGAAAGAAUGACCAUAGGACAGCAGGAAAACUCGAAGCUACGAUUUCCUAGCUCCGUCCUUUUGACUGAUCUCAUUACUUUUUCCAGGAAACGCACACCAUUGUGAAUGUCCAAAUUCCACACUGCACAUACGUACUCCUGGAUGUUAUUAAAUCGAGCAAAGACUUGAGUCAGCUUAACUGUAUGUCUGAGAAAGGAUCAAGCCAAAAAUAGAUCAAACCGUUUAGAGUGACUACAACUAGCACGUCUGAAAAUUGCAAGGCUCCUAGCUGAGCUCCAAUUACAGCAAUGGUUUUGUUAUCUCCGCCACACAAGCAAAGGAAUCAAACUUCCAGAUAAAACAGACAACUUCUGUACAGUCUGACUAUCUCUAGUGCUUAGUUAAUAGUCCUUUGGAGGUAAAACUGUUAUUUUGUAGUACCUGGAGCAUGUAUGUCUUAAUGGAAAAUCCACAGAGAUACUAUUGUCAAAUAUAAUAGAUGAAAAAUUAAUGAACUCUUUGGUUCUUCCCAAUAUUAAAUAUCUCCCAUAUGUUAAAUCCCUCAUCUUUUCAAGGUGUAUUAUCUCUCAAACCCUUUUCCUGAAGGAAAGCUUUUCUUUCCGGUGUGUAUUACAGAGUUUCAAAGUUGUAUAUUAAUUAUUUAUAAGCACACAGAAAAUAAGUUGAUGUUAGAGACUAAAAUAUGAAAACUACAGUGGUUUGGUUAAAAGAACGUUGCUACAUGGUUCUUCAAAACUUCUGCUGAAGCCAGAUAUGGACACAAGACAACCUGUUAACCUGAGCUCAAUAAAUGGUAACAGCAGGAAGGGCUGGGAAAGGACGAGCUUUCCCACUAAGCCCUCACAGAGCACGUCCGGAAUCCAUUUGGGCACACUGAAAUGGUGCCAGAGGAAAGACCAAAUGAGUUAAACACGUCCUCCUGGAGUUGGCUGAAUACCAAGAUACAUCCAGGAUGCAGGUUUUGGGUUCCUGCUGUCGUGCCCUUCCGUAACGGGACAGUUUCCUUCCCUGCUUUAUUCCUGGCCCACACGUCUUUUCUUUUGUCUGCUGCCUUAUUAAUACACCAACACAACCUGGUAAUUGCGCCAUGUGAUGAAAAAGGAAAGCUAAAAAAUGCCCAAUAAUUACCGGUAAAAGCUAUGCCAGAUGUCAGAAUAAAUGAUAUUUAUUGCAGCUGUAUCUCUCCAGCAUUGAGAUUGGACUGGAAAGUCAUCAGAGCAUGUUACGAUUGUCAUCCCUGAAAUUCCUUCCUUAGGUGCUGACCUCCACCUACCUGCAAACAUGGAAGGGUCAAAUCUGAACAGCAGCAUGGAAACGUUAUUAGUAAUUACUUUAUAAUGGGAGAGAAAGUGCAAAAGACCCUGUAUUUCAGGCCACUUACACUGUCAAAAUUGAGUUUCUAGUUACAAAAGACACUAUGCAGCCACAGGAAAGUGGAGCAAGAAAAUUUGUUUUCAGCAGAAGUUCUGCUUAAUUCUGUAUGCUCUAGCAGCUCUGUUCUUGUCGGCUUUUUUAAUGAACUAUUGGAAAAUAUUAUUUAAGAAUUUGUUGCUAUAGGAGCAAAUAAAUGAUAACCUGAUAAAACCACAGGAAGACCGCUCAUGGUUGCCUAGAAGUUGUAGAAAUAAAAUAUGUGUACUAUUAACAUCACACCAUUACAAACUCUUUUCAGUCUAUUAAUGUUUUGUCUUUUGUUGUUUGUUUUUUUUUGUUUUGUUUUUUUUUUUUUUUUUUUACUUUUGGUCUGCAUUUCAUCUGUGAUUAUAAAACUUUAAAGGCAAGAAGUUAUUUUUUUAAUAUUUGUACGUAAAAUGUAACUCAAAUAUGUAUCACAGCACCCCAUAAUGCAAGUAUUUAUUCACUUUUACAUGGAAAUGAAGGUCUCUGCUGAAAA